AUGAGACACGAAGAGAACCACAGAAUCAUGACGGAUGCCAUUUCGCCCAUCCGCGUGUGCUAUCUCAGCACUGCCUUAGACUAUCAGUCUGCCUUCUACCCUGAAUGGUACUUGACGAUAGACACUCUCAUGCUUAAUGCUGUAAUACUUCCAGAGAUCCUGGGGAAGAUGGCUGUUCGAUAUCCUUGCUGGUUGAGAAUUUCAUGUCAUUGCCCUUCCUAUGUCUUUCAGCUUGCAGAAGGAGUUACCCCAGCACAGGGUCUGGGUGUUGAGAUUAUCAUCACCUUCCAGCUCGUUCUCUGUGUCUUUGCGACAACUGAUAAACGGAGAAAGGAUCUUUCUGGCUCUGGUCCUCUGGCCAUUGGUCUCUCGGUUGCUAUCGGUCACCUAAUGGCGAUUGGCUUCACUGGCUGUGGGAUGAAUCCUGCCCGAUCCUUCGGACCUGCUGUCAUCACCGGCAACUUCAAAGACCAUUGGGUGUACUGGGUGGGCCCCAUCAUCGGAGGAGUAACUGCCGCCUUUGUCUAUGACUUUGCUCUGACCUCGCGGUUCGGAGACCUGUCUGAGCGCCUCACGGUGCUCACUAGCGGCCAGAUCCAAGACUAUGACGUGGAGGGAGAAGACGACAGCGCCCGGAUGGAGAUGAAGCCGAAAUAAGAUACGAGAGAGAGAGAGAGAGAAAGGGGUGGGGGAUGAGAGGCAACCACUUUCAGAGGGACUAACAAACAAGACUCAAACCCAUUGGAGGGGUGGGGGGAGGUUCUGGGGUGAGGGGGUGGGGAAUUGUCUAAGGUUCUCCUCCCUGCAGAUGUUGGCUCAGGAAGAUGAGGGAGUUGUGAAUGCAGAUCUAGAAGGAUUUACACUACCCACCCCUCCUCCUUUUAGCUCCCGGGGGGCUCGAGUGGGAUGCCGCGCUGGUGGUGAGGUUCAUGGCCUUCCUUUGGGAUGAGGCGUCUGAGCCCAGCCCUGAAGGAGAGUCACCGGUAAACUCCCUAUCUCCCUCCCAUCGUGGAUACCGUGCAGUUCCCCAACACUUCCUUCCAAGGUGCUUUGACCCCUCAUGGGUCUGGGUGCGGAGUCUUUGUGUGGCCUAGCCUUCAGGCCUCUCACCCCCCCCCCCCCCACCUCCCAACCUCAAUCCCACUGCCCGUGAUCUCCAACAUCCUCUUCCAUCCUGCCUGCAGCAACCUGCCUUUAUCCCACACCAUUGCCUUUGGUCAAAGAGCUAGUACAGGAACGAUAAGCCAACUGAGCUUCCCCAUGGCCCUAACAAUUCCAUGACCUUUCAUUUCCCCCUUUAUUCAGUCAGAGGAUGACGGUGUCACUGGCCAGGCUGUAUCUGGUGCCUAGCCCAAGAAUCAUCGAAUCCCUACAGUGUGGAAACAGGCCCUUCGGCCGAACAAGUCCACACCGACCUUCCGAAGAGUAUCC